GUUUCUCCUGGCUUCUGAGGGUGUGCACUCACACAGGUGAUAGAUGGUGGUCCUGGUCGUCUACUUGACAGCAGAUGACAGAUGAAAUCAGCCUGGCCUGAUUUAAGACUCUGUCUCAAAAAGUAGAGAUGAGUAGAAUUUUGUUCAUCAAAUAAAAUUGAGGGAUCUAGAUACAUAAAGCCUUAGUUUUCAUUCCUAGGACUUGAAAAGUAAAUUGAGUGACAAGGAAGCCUCUAUUUUCAUCUUUGUAAUGUGGGAAGGUGAGUGUUAAAGGUGAUUAGAUGUACACAGAACUCUGUGCAAGGUGUUCUUGACAAGUAACAACUUGAAAGGCUGCCAGACGUUAACCUUGGUUGCAAAGCCUUAGAGCAGGCACCACUGGGUCACUGGGCAUGCUAGAAAUUCUUGGAGAAUAGCUGGCAGGGCCAGGUGGUGGUGCUGCACACCUUUAAUCCUACCACUUGGGAGCAGAGGCAGGCGGAUCUCUGAGUUGUAGGCCAGCUGGUCGACAGAGCAAGUUCCAGGACAGCCAGGGACACAGAAGCCUUAUCUGGAAAAAUUGGGGUGGGUAAUGAAUGGGACAGUGUACAGAAGACUGAAGCAGGAUUGUAAAUCAAGAACAACUGGAAAUUCUCAGAAGAAAAGCUUUUCACGUAUGCCGGGCAUGUUGGCUCACAUCUUUAAUCUCAGCAUUUUGGAGGCCGGAGCAGAUUGAGAUUGAGGCUAGCCUGGUCCAUAUACUGAGUUUGAGGUGGGGCUACGUAGUGAGAACCUUAAAAAAUUUAAAGACACUUAAGUGUUAAGGUUCUACAUGGCCAGUUAUGACUAUGAUUAUGAGCAGCAGUGACAACAGAUUAAACAUGAUCCUGGCCUGCCUUUAAUCCUUAAUGUUAUUUGGGGCAACCUGGUCAUGGUCAUUCAACCCCAAAAUAAACUUAACCUCAUGGAGCCUAGUUGGUGAAAUACUGGCUGUGCAAGUUUGACCUCAGUAUCCGCAGCACCUACAAAAAAUGUUGGGCACAGAAGAGCAAUACUCCAGAACUAUGGAGCAGGCACAGGUGGAUUCCCGAGGCUCACUGGCUGGCCAGCCAGCCUAGCUGAAAGUUAUCAGUGAAAGCUCUAUUUCAAGAUACAAGAUGGGCUGAGAGAAUUGGCUCCGCACAUGAAGGCAUUUGUUCCCUGGUGACCUAGUUUGAUUUCCUCCAAAAUCCACAUAAAGGUGAUGUGGAACCCACUCCACAGAGUUGCCGUCUAACCAAGUACACGUGUUCUGUGGAAACGCACUCAAUUAACAUUCAGGACAACAAAAAACUAAAGAGACCUCGGGUCUCCAAAUACACACAAAGCAUAAACUCUCGACCUUGCGCGGCAGGUGGUCCAGUGGUUAAGAUCACUUUCAGCCGGGCAGGGCUCGUGAUGCAUACUUAUUAAUCUCAGUACUCUCGGGGAGCAGAGGCAGAUCACCUACGGAAUUCGAGGCCAUCCUGGGUUACAUGGUGAAGCCAUGUUGAAAAGCACUUGGCCUUGCGAAAAACCCAAGUUGGGUUAUCAGCACCCGUAUCAGGCGGUUGCCGCCCUGAAACCCUAAUCUUCAUAGCUCAACGGUUAAGAGCACUGACUGCUCUUCCAGAGAACCCGGUUUCAAUUCCCAGCACCCACCUGACAGCUCACAACUGUAACUCUAAAACAUGACACCUUCACACAGGCAAAACACCACUAUGUAAAAUAAAAAUGAUUCGCGCAUGGCAAAACCGAAAGAAGUGAACAGCAUGGGAUUUCGACAUCCGGCUUCCAUGCCAGCAUCUCGUGUCUGGUGGUUUCUGACGUCAUCUAAUGAGCGACGGAAGUGAUCUCGCGCUGCCUAGGAAACAGGACGCGGCCGAGUAGUAGCCAAACCUGGGACAGCCGCGCCCACCCUGGCGCCAUGGAGCUUCCCUCAGGGCUGUGUGGGGAUCCUCGCUCUUGUGAGGAUGAGUCGGACCCAGAGCCAGAUCCCGACCCUGACGCUCAGGCAGAGGCCUACGUAGCCCGCGUGCUCACCCCUCCCAAACCUGGCCUGACCCCGCGGCGCUCGUCGCUGCAGCCCACGCUCUCCUCGUCCCUGGGCGCGCCGGAACGAAAGGCUGCUUCCAUAGUCCCAACCGUACGCCUGCCGGGCCUCCUGAGCCUUCCCCCGGAGCUGCUGCUGGAGAUCUGCGCCUACCUGGAUGCGCGGGUCGUGCUCCAUGUCCUGCCGUGCGUGUGCCAAGCGUUGCACGACCUUGUGCGUGAUCAUGUCACUUGGAGGCUACGCGCUCAGCGUCGCGUCCGCGCACCCUACCCAGUGGUGGAAGGUACGCACACCCCUGGGAACAGGAACUCCUGCUCAGAGGAGGAUUUUGACUGGCCAGCCGCUUGCAUUGAGCUGGAGCAACACCUGGCCCGCUGGGCAGAGGAUGGACAGCGAGCUGAGUACUUCUGCCUGGCUGAUGGUCACUUUGCUUCCAUUGAUGCAGUGUUGCUGCUCCAGGGUGGGGCACUGUGUCUGUCAGGCUCCCGAGAUCGAAAUGUCAACCUGUGGGACCUGCGGCAUCUGGGGAAGGAGCCUAGCCGAGUUCUGGUAAAGGCCUUGGGCACCCAGGGCAGUAGCACACACAAGGGCUGGGUAUGGUCGCUAGCAGCACAGGACCACCGUGUGUGCUCCGGCUCUUGGGACAGCACUGUGAAGCUGUGGGACAUGGCGGCUGAUGGGCAGCAGUUUGGUGAAAUCAAGGGCAAGGCGGCGGUAUUGUGCCUCUCCUACCAACCUGACAUCCUGGUAACUGGGACCUAUGACAAGAAGGUGACCAUCUAUGAUCCCAGAGCUGGCUUGGCCCUGGUGAAGAGCCGGAGGCUGCACUCAAGCGCUGUGCUAGCAGUGCUGGCGGAUGACAGGCACAUCAUCUCAGGCAGCGAGGACCACAGUCUUGUAGUUUUUGAUCGCCGGGCCAAUAGCGUCCUGCAGCGGCUGCAGCUGGACUCCUAUCUGCUCUGCAUGUCCUACCAGGAGCCCCAGCUCUGGGCAGGUGACAACCAGGGCCUGCUGCACGUCUUCGCCAACCGAGAUGGCUGCUUCCAGCUUGUCCGGUCCUUUGAUGUGGGUCACCAGUCUCAGAUCACAGGGAUCAAACAUUCUCUGGGGACUUUGUACACAACAUCUACUGACAAGACCAUUCGGGUUCAUGUGCCCACAGACCCACCUAGGACCAUCUGUACCCGAAGCCACCACAAUGUGUUGAAUGGGAUCUGUGCUGAGGGCAACGUGGUGGUAGCUGCCUCUGGUGGCCUGUCACUGGAGGUCUGGAGGCUGCUGGCCUGAACAGCUAGCUGGACAUGGCUGUGGAUGGAUGUAUACUGCCUGCCUGGGCCUCUGCUCUGGAGGACCUUCCUGCUAUUGGUGCUGCUGCCCUGCUACCCAGGCCCGGGACACAGGAAGCCCUAGGGGUGGGCCCAUACCUGUGCCUGUGGAGGUGGCAUUCUAGUUUUAGCUACCCAGGGUCCUGUUCCACUCCUGGGUUUUGUUUUGUUUUGUUUUGAGACAGGGUCUCAUGUAACCCAGGCUGGGCUCAUAUUCAUAAUGUGUUUGAGGCCAGCCUUGAAUAUCUGGUCAUCCCAAGUGUUAGGAUGACAGGUGGGCCAUCACGCCCAGGGGGUUCCCUGUACUGUUAGGGUUUGGGUGCCUCUCUCCUAGAGGAGAGUGAAGGAGAAAUAAAUGACCAACUAUGCAGUUGUUGGAAA